AUGAUACCUAAAACCGAAAAAGACAAUGAGAGCAUUGAGCAGGCUAAGACCCUCCAUAAUCGGUUUUGGGGAGAGGAAUAUGAACGAAUGAUAUCGGGGAUGCUAUACAACCCUCUAGGCCCCGAACUCAUAGAGGGCAGGUCUCGAGCAAGACGUUUAAUGGCGAUAUUCAACGCACCGCUUUUAUUGGAAGCCUCCACAUCGCAAGUAGUCUCUCAGCGAGAAGACAUACUUCGAGACCUCUUUGGUCGUGUUGGGCCAGGAGUAUACAUUGAGCCUCCGCUAUUCGUGGAUUAUGGUUGCAAUAUCAGUAUAGUCUUCACUGUACUGGACUGUGGCUUAGUUUCCAUUGGGGAAAAUGUCAUGAUUGGGCCUAAUGUCAACAUCAUCACGGGAGAACACGAGACGGGGAUCGAAACGCGAAAGGCACAUAAAGGACUGGAGUUUACGGGACUCAUUGUUAUUGGAGAUGAUUGCUGGAUUGGAGCUAAUGUGACGGUCCUGGCUGGAGUCACCAUUGGCCAUGGAUCUUCCAUCGGUGCUGGCUCCGUGGUGAAACGGGAUAUACCAGCUUUGAGUGUUGCAAUGGGUAGUCCUGCUCGAGUCAUUAGGUCGGCAUGA